UGGAUAAAUUUAAUAUCACUUUGUAUUAUAUUUUAUAAAUACUAAUCAAAACACUAUUGUGAAUAGAAAGAAAACAGAGCUUGGGCAUUGGGGAGGUUGGUUGAAGUUUCUCGAGUUGGAAAGUUAAGCGUCCGCCUAUCGAUCAGAAGUUGACCGGAGGGUUUAGUGGAGGACUUGGAGAAACUGGUUCGAUCACGACAGUCGCCACAGAACUACCUUCACAAACAAUUCAAUAUAGGCAUAGUCUGCAGAGGAUGAUGAGAACGCAUCACUGAGUUUCAAUUUUUCUGAUGGCCGCUCACUCCAUGGUCGCCGGCGAGAAGUUGUCACCUGGUCUACGGAGUCUAAUGCUUCUUUUACUGCUUUUUGGCUUUUGCUUCAAGUUCUGCGCUGCCGGAGAUACCAUCACGGCGACUCAGUACAUCACAGAUCCUGAGACCAUACUCUCCGCCGGCGGCGACUUCAGAUUGGGCUUCUUCAGCGUUGGUAAUUCCCCCAAUCGCUAUCUUGGGAUCUGGUACAAUAAGGUUUCUAAUUUUACCGUGGUGUGGUUAGCGAACAGAGACCGGCCUCUCACCAAUUCUUCCGGGUCCUUCACCGUCGCCAAAGACGGUAACCUCGUGGUUUUGGACCAGAACAAUCAAGUUCUCUGGACAUCAAAUGUCACAAAUUCUACAAAUACUAAUACUACCGCGCAGCUUUUGCCUUCAGGAAACCUUGAGUUGAGAGAUCCCGACAGAAACACCAUUUGGCAAAGCUUCGAACACCUUACGGACAGGCAAUUGCCGAAUUUGAAACUCUGUGCGAAUCCAAAAACUGGGUGGAGGCAGCUGGCGAAGGCGUGGAAGAGCACUACGGAUCCGUCCAGCGGAAGCUUCUCUUGCGGGCUCGAUGCGAAGGAAGCCCAGACGGUGGUAUGGAAGGACGGCGAGAUAUUCUGGCGGAGCGGGCCGUGGAACGGUCAGGUCUAUAUUGGCGUACAUUAUGUGUAUUCUAUAAAUGUUGAUAGAUUCUAUAUUACAGAGGGUAUCCAAGGAAGCACUUGCUAUAGUUUUGAUCAUUUGACUGCGUCCUACAGCAAUUUUUACCUGAAUCCUCAAGGGAAAUUAGCUCAAGUUCAGUGGGAUGAUGGGGCGAAGGCUUGGAAUGAGUACUGGACGCCUAUGCAGACACAGUGCGAUGUGUAUGGCACGUGUGGUCCUUUUGGGGUUUGCAAUGCGCAGGCUUCACCGAUGUGUAGCUGUUUGAGAGGGCAUGAGCCAAGGAAAGCGGAAGAAUGGAACAGUGGGAACUGGACUAGUGGGUGUGUGAGGCGGAGGCAGUUGCAGUGUGAGAGAGGUAACAGCAGUGGAGACGGGGAGAAAGCAGACGGGUUCUUGACUCUGAACAUGAUGAAGGUGCCACACUUUGCAGACAUAUCAACUGCUCUAGAGGAUGACUGUCAGAAGCAGUGCUUGGGAAAUUGUUCGUGUUUAGCAUAUGCAUACAGUAAUGGGGUUGGUUGCAUGAAAUGGACCGGAACCUUGAUUGAUGUGCAGCAGUUCUUGAGCGGUGGGACGGAUCUUCACGUCCGUUUGGCAUAUUCAGAACUGGAUAAGGAGGAGAAUGUGAAAGCACUUAUUGCAAUUCCAGUGACUAUUGGAGGACUUGUCAUUGCCAUUUGUGCAUACUUUGCGUGGAGGUGGAUGGCUAAACGAAAAGCAAAGAAGCAGAUAAGUAGGCAGCUAUUUUUGUUUGAUGGAGGGGAACCACACCAAAACAAUUCCAGUGAAAUUGUGCUUGGGGGCAGCAUGAACCAAGCUAAACUCCAAGAGCUACCACUUUUUGAUUUUGAGAGGGUGGCAACUGCAACAAACAACUUUUAUAUCAGCAAUAAGCUUGGACAGGGAGGUUUUGGUCUUGUAUACAAGGGGACAUUGCCUGAUGGACAAGAAAUAGCGGUGAAAAGACUUUCAAGAGCUUCUGGGCAAGGGAUUGAAGAAUUUAUGAAUGAGGUUGUUGUGAUUUCUCGGCUCCAGCACCGAAACCUUGUUAGACUCCUUGGUUGCUGUAUUGAAGGAGAAGAAAAGAUGUUGAUCUAUGAAUACAUGCCAAAUAAGAGCUUGGACUCAUUUCUGUUUGAUCCAAUCAAACAAAAAGUUCUAGAUUGGAGGAAACGUUUCAACAUUAUUGAAGGAAUUGCUCGAGGUCUCCUCUACCUUCAUAGAGAUUCUAGAUUGAAAAUUAUUCAUAGAGAUCUGAAAGCAAGUAAUAUUUUGUUGGAUGAAGACCUAAAUCCAAAAAUUUCAGACUUUGGUAUGGCUAGGAUUUUUGGGGGCGAUCAAGAUCAAGCAAAUACAAGGAGGGUUGUUGGGACCUAUGGUUAUAUGUCCCCUGAGUAUGCAAUGGAAGGCCGCUUUUCAGAGAAAUCUGAUGUCUUCAGCUUCGGAGUGCUUUUAUUAGAGAUUGUGAGUGGAAAGAAAAACUCUGGCUUUUACCAUGACAAGAAUUCCUGGAGCCUUAUGGGAUAUGCAUGGAAAUUAUGGAACGAUGACAAUGUUGUAGAAUUUUUAGAUCCUAAUAUAUCCGAUCCAUGCAUCCGAAUGGAGGUUUUGAGAUGCAUACAUGUUGGGCUGUUGUGUGUGCAAGAAUUCCCUCAAGAUAGGCCCUCUACUUCGACUGUUAUUUCCAUGGUCAAUAGUGACAUUGUUGAUCUUCCUACUCCAAAGCAACCUGCAUUUGCCACUGAUAGGAAACUGGAUUCGGAUACCGAGUCCUCUCAACAGGGACAGAAGAGUGUUUCUAUAAACGAACUCACAAUUACCAUGGCGGAAGGCCGCUAGCAAGUGUGUUCUCAGGAUUUUUUUUUUAAAUUUUUUUUUGUUAAAUUUACCAUGUGGUGUGAUUUUGAUUUUGUAAAUGAUAAAUUGGUUUAUAGAUGGAUCCUAAUUAGUGAAAGAUGCCCUGGCAUAAGGGUUUUUUUGAGUUGA